UCUCUCUUGUGUGUUAUUUGGGAAGAUUUGGAGAACAGAAGAUUUGGGUUUCAAAGUGUAGACACAAACAAGGUAAAGGAACGUCGGUGCAGGAGCGGAGCGAGUUGGAGAAGAUGAAUACAGUUCCACGUGUCGUUCCUCCAGGCUUUAGAUUCCAUCCCACAGAUGAAGAACUCAUAGAUUAUUAUCUGAGGAAAAAAGUUGCUUCAAAAAGGAUUGAUCUGGAUGUCAUCAAAGAUGUUGAUCUCUAUAAAAUUGAGCCAUGGGAUCUUCAAGAAUUGUGCAGAAUGGGAGGUGAAGAUCAGGAAGAUUGGUACUUCUUUAGCCACAAAGAUAAGAAGUAUCCAACAAGUACUCGAACUAAUCGAGCUACAAAAGAGGGGUUUUGGAAGGCAACAGGAAGGGACAAGGCUAUUUACUCAAGGCAUGGCCAUGGAUUAAUAGGAAUGAGAAAAACCUUGGUCUUCUAUCGAGGACGAGCUCCGAAUGGCCUAAAAUCCGAUUGGAUCAUGCACGAAUAUAGACUUGAAACGACUGAAAAUGGCGCUCCUCAGGAAGAAGGAUGGGUGGUGUGUAGGGUUUUCAAGAAGAAAAUGACCACAAUGCAAAAGAUGGGCGAUUAUGAAUCACCUUAUUGGCAGGAUGAUCAAAUCUCCUUCAUGCCAGACAUUGAUUCUCCAAAGCAAAUCUCCCACCCCUGCAAGCAAGAAGUUGAUCAUCAUCUUCACUUUCCCAUGUUCGACAACGACGCUUUCGCCCCUCAACAGYGCCCCGAGCUUACCUCCAACGUCCCGUCAUGCAGCUACGAUCUCCAACGACCGAACGCCCCCUCCCUGUCAACUCAAACAUUCUCUCAUGCUUUAGAUUACCAGCUGAUGGAUUGGCGAGCAAUGGACCGAUACGUCGCGUCGCAGCUCAGCAUCGAUCGAGACAAUCAUGGAAGAGAUCAAGAAGCAAAUUACUCUGAAGAAGGCACCAAAUAUGCAAGUGAAUGAACUGAUGGCAUGGGAAUUCCUAGUGCUGAUUAAGGACU